AGGACUCAUUGGGACACAAAGGUUAAACAAACAAACAAACAAAAUUGCUGGUUGCAAAAGUAUUCACCCCCUCCUGGUCAGCAUAAUUUUUUUGUUUUGGGAGAUAUGUGUAUAUACACACGCUUUGCACAUCUGGAUAGUUGUCUUAGCGAAAUGUCAUGUUCUGUCAGACUGGAUGGGCUACUUUGUAUACUGUGGAAUCAUGACAUGUUUACUUCCAUAUCGGUUCCAGGUUUCAGUAAGACUACAAAAUGUGGAAAAGUCCAGGGUUGAAAAAAAAAGUACACCUUGACUUUAUUUCAAGGACCUCAGAAGACCCCUGACCUGUGGCUGAACCGCUGGUCAAGUUAAAUACCAAAAGAUAAUUACCUAGUAGUUACUAAGGAGUCACCUGGAACUUAUGGGUCUGUAAAGGGAAGUAUUAACCAAAAAACAGAGUUACAAAAUGUCUAAAUAGUAACAUAAUGAAUAUUAUAGCAGCAGAACCGUUGGGCUAACUGUAUGCAAAUUAGUGCAUCUGAAUCCCUGAGCUUUGGUGUUGAUUCACGACUGUGUUCCUGGCAGUGGCGCUCAUUCCAUCAUGACCAUGGUGUCAGAUGAGCGCUCUCAAAAUAGCGCCUGUGUUGUAGAUCCAAAUAUUUGAACCAUUCACAGCACUGACUCCUGUUACUUUAACUCACACAAUGUCCUCUCUCACUAUCUGUGGUGUUACUGGAACUGACCACUAUGAUUAGUGCAGUCGUAUAUACCAGGGACUGGUGUAAAGCUGAACACACACUCGGCUCUUGAGCAUCAAAGACACCUCGGUCUUGUAAACCCCGUCAGAACAAGCUUGCUGAAGAAUAUGGGUCAGUGUGGUCCAAAAUCAUCCACUGAUGCUCAAAUGCUUUGUCUUGGAUCAACGGGAUCAAUGUGUGAGAACUUAACCAGGUCCUUCGAAACAACUCCUGCCGUUCGGGUCUUAGAAAACAUGAUAUGUCUCAUUUCGAGGUUGAAGAGAUGCUUGGGUGUCUCCGAGGACCAAAGAAAGCAUCGGUCGACCAGGAAGAGCAGGAGAAGCAGCUGCAACUGUACAGCGCUUGUUUUCGUCGAGGACCUGGCUGGAGGAGUUUGGAUGACUCCAGAGGAAAACAGAGGAAGAACUUGAGAAGGAAAAAACAGUCUCUGAUUUCACCUUGAGGAUAUACACGGUGGUGACGAUGGUUCUGGAGUGGUGUAGCAGGCGUGACCGACAGGAGAAGAAUAUCAUGAAGGCCUGGAAUUACGUGUUGCAACAAGAUGUGUUAAGUUCCAUUGAGAAGAGUUAAUUUUUCAUUUUUUUAUUUAUUUUUAGAGACAUUCCUUCUUUUUAGAGGAAUCCCUUUUUAGAGAAAUGUUGGUCCAGCAUCGCUGGACCAACAUUAAUUCCUUACUUCAUUUCUUUCUUUCUUUGGAAUCUUGGGAGGUGAUUUGCAGAUUUUUGUGGAAGUAUUAAAAUGUAUUAGUAUGCAGAUUAUUAUCCAACAAAAAAUGUAUAUCUGUGGAAAUUUCAGGCUGGUUCACCAGAGAUGGAGGACCACAACUGGACUGACCUUAGCUGAGUUUCCCAAACGCAUCAGCAUAAAGAUCAUGGUCAAAUGUCAGAAUGAGCAUCACACUGAACACCCCUAUAACAGUUAAGAUGGUCUUGACUUUGUAAUGCUUUUCAGAAACCAGACACAAACACCGCUGCUGAGAAGCGGUACGUUAAUUUCUGUCCCAGUGUGCUUAUUUUUCGUUUGUUGCCUUGAUGCCAUGACAAAAUGGCGACUGAUCGCCUCCUAGAAAUUAGUUCCUCAAGGGUUCUUCGUUUCCUUAAAGGGUUUUUUUUUUCUUUUUUACAUGGAACCAAUCAGCAAUAGCUCUACAUAAAAGCUUUGGCUCUAAAGGAACAAGAACAAACCAAAGAACUGUUCAGGGUUCUAGGUUUAAACUUUAUAAGGCAUAAAGCUGGGAAAAUGAAGGUCAAGUGUGAGAUGUUAUAGCAAGUCUGAACCAGAAUCAGACAUUGAGAUUGAAGAAUUCAGCAGCGCUGAGGCAUAAUGGAAUUUGCACAGUGAUUCAAUAAUAAUUGCAUAAAGUUCUGCGCUAGCCGUUUAACAUUUAACAUUUCUAGGCUUCCUGUGGGAGUCAUCUUCAUACUUUGACCCAUGUGCCUUAUCAUAAAGCUCUGAAAUGAGAUAAGUGAGCAAGGACAUGUGUAAUAAAUCAACCAGUGAGGAGGGAAAAAAGCAACACACUGUGCAAACACAGAACUGCAGCAAGUCCGAGUUCCUGCACAUUGGUAAUGGGCCUAAAGGGAUCGAAGCUCCCCGACGCUCGUAUUCUCCUGCUUGGCCUGGACGGAGCCGGGAAAUCGACGCUCCUCUUCAAACUGAAGUACAACGAGUUGUUCCAGACGGCCCCGACCAUUGGCUUCAACGUGGAGAUGAUGGAAUUGAAGCGGAACAGAAGGAAGAUCACCCUGACCGUGUGGGACGUUGGAGGACAGGAGAAGAUGAGAACGCACUGGAGGAAUUACUACCAAGACACGGCUGGGCUCCUGUUCGUCGUUGACUGUUGGGACCGGAGACGUCUGGAUGAGGCAAAGAGAGAACUGGAGCGUGUGCUGAAGAACGAGCACCUCCGAGGACUUCCUGUGGUCUUUCUGGCCAACAAGCAGGAUAAAGAAGGAGCCUUAACGGCAAUCGAGCUCACGGAGACAUUUAAUCUGAGGAAGACGUGCAGUGACAGGGACUGGUUCGUUCAGCCGUGUUCAGGAAAGACCGGCGCCGGACUUCCGGAAGGGUUCAGGAGGCUGGCGCACCUGGUGGAAACCACCUCCAACAAUAACAUUAAAGAGACGGUGAAGAAUUUCAGGAAGUCGAUAAAGAAGUAGCUAUGUAACCCAAAAUCUCCUGCCGUAGCAACAAGUAUCCCAUUGAUCCAGAUUUAUUAUUAUAUAUAUAUAUUUUUUAAAUAUUACAUUUAUUUCAAAUAUGCAGAACUUGUCAUGAUCCUGACCAGGAUAAAGUGGUUACCAAGAUAAAUUCAUUAAUAAAUGAAUGAGUACUUCUCUUACAAUUAAUCAUGUUACGUGAACAUUUAAAUUUUUUUUUUUUUUUUUUUAAUUUUAUGCAACUUUUUCAUUGUACUUUUUACUUCACGACCUUGUAACUACAAUUUCUGUCCUAUACGGUACAUACUGAAAUGUUUUCCCCAUGUUCUUCCUCAUUCAAUUCCAUGUUAAAAAACAGUUUUAAUAUUGGUCCACUUUUGAGUGUAAAUGUUUGGGGGGGGGGGGGGGGGGGGGGGUGGUAUUUUGACACAAUGGGUGAAACCCCCCACACCUUUUAUUCAUUUAUUUUUUAAACCAAUGAAUAUCCAGGUGAAAAAUUCCCCCUUUUUAUGAAUCGAGCAUGUUAAUAACUUGAAUGUAGUUAGUGUAUACUGUAUGUGUUUGCUGAAAAAUUGCAGAUUUCACAACAAAAAAUUCUCAACUUUUAAAAAAACUUUUUUUUUUAAGCUACAAAACAAAAAUAAUUAAGAUGUUUUUUCUUGCGAGUCAUGUUUAAGAGUCCAAACCAUUUUAUUUCAUUUUAAUUAAUUAAUAAAGUUACUUUUUAAAAUUAAAAAUAUUGUUUGGUUUAAAAAAAAAAAACAAAAAAAACCCAAAUCCCUCCAUUUAAACCAACGUUAUUCUAUUUUUGCAUCCCAUUUAUAUAAACAUAUAAUCAAAAAAAAAAUUCUCUCAGUGCUUGGUCCAUGAAGUUUCCACGUUAAACAAAGAUUAUAAGAGUAUCCUCCGAGAACACAUUUAACGUGUACAAAGCAAAGAGCUUAGAAGACAUCCGUCUUUCCAAAUGGCGAUGCAUUGUGGCGAUCAUGUUCUGAUAAAAAUGCAACUAAAUAAAACACUUCAAUGCAGUAUUGUGUAUAAAUCAAUGGUUUAUUCAGUACAAAAAAAAAAAAAGGAAAAUAGAAAAAGAGCACACGGUUUAAAAAACAAAAAAGGCACAAUAAAUUAGAACUUCCACUGCGUUGCCAUGUGAAAUAUAAAAAAGUCUUUCGUCAGUCGGUUGACAAAAGUGGUUCUAAGAGACGAGCAUUGCUGACCACUUCUUAAGGCGGGAGAUUUAGUUUGUGAUCCACGUACAAUCAAUCAUUUAGGACACUUUACGAGUUGAGACAUAUGGAAAAAAAAAAAAAAAAAAAGAA